AUGUCUCGCGGCGGCGAAUCACACGACAGGCCCGGGGAGGUUCUUCUGGGAAUUACGGGCAAGGACUUUACUCUCAUCGGCGCCUCCAAAGCUGCCAUGAGGGGAGCCACCAUCCUCAAGGCAUCCGACGACAAGACAAGGGCGUUGAACAAGCACACUUUGCUGGCUUUCUCUGGCGAAGCUGGCGAUACAGUACAAUUCGCCGAAUACAUCCAACGAAAUGCCCAACUCUACUCCAUGCGCAACGAGACCGAGCUGUCACCCUCUGGCCUCGCCCACUUCGUCCGAGGAGAACUCGCCACCAGCCUCCGAUCCCGAAACCCAUACAACGUAAAUCUCCUCAUGGGAGGAGUUGAUCCCAUUACCGGCAAGCCCUCUCUAUACUGGCUGGACUACCUAGCGUCGUUGGCGGAGGUACCGUACGCAGCACACGGUUAUGCGCAAUACUACUGCCUGUCUCUUCUUGACAAGCACCACCACCCAGACAUUACACUAGGACAGGGAAUCAAGCUUAUGACGAUGUGCAUAGAUGAGCUGAAGCGUCGACUACCGAUCGACUUCAAGGGAAUGGUGGUCAAGGCAAUCAAGGCAGACGGAAUUGUCGAUAUAGAAUUCGACGACGACCGUAUUGUGAAAAGCGCAUAA